UUAUUCCAAGGAUGUCGAAUGAACCUAGACUCGACUUUCAAAUGCUUGACUCAACGGGUUCGGAAUACUAUAGUUGGGUAACCGACGUUGAGAACCACCUCACUUCAAAGGGGAUAUUGCCCAUAAUUCAAGCUCCUGAUCCAGGCCUUGUGUUCCAAAGAACACCUACAAAGCAUGCACAAGCUAUUAUCUUGAUGCGGCGCCAUAUGGAUAAAGCUCUCAGACUAGAGUAUAUGUCAAUGAAAGAUGCUCGAGAGUUAUGGGUAGCGCUAGAAGAGCGUUUUGGUAAUAUCCAAGAUACCCUCCUCCCUGACUUGAAGGUUCAGUGGAAUAAUAUACGCUUCUCCGACUUUAAGUCUGUUGCAGAAUAUAAUUCGGAAGCUCUUCGACUCAAAGCCAUGUUGAAGUUCUGUGGAAAGCCUCUCACAGAAGAUGAGCUACUUGAGAAGACUCUAUCCACCAUUCCCGUCUCAGCAAUUGUUAUAUCAAAAUGCGGAUCAAUCGAGCAUUGGUUCAAACAAUGCCAUGCAAGUACUAAACUAGCUGCAAGCUACAAAGAGUAUAGGCAAAACAGGGAGCAAGAAUCCAACCUUGCCGAAAAUGAAGAUAGUGAAGAUGUCAAUCUCACAAUAGAGGACUUCAAAGCUGAACAAAUGCACGAGGAUGCAGCAGACUUUGAUUAG